UUCUGCGCCCCAUCCUACCCCAGGCACCUAACAGUCCUGCCGUGUGAAUCCCUCCCAGCCCACCCCAUACCCUUCCCGGUUGGUGAACAGGACCCCAAGCCCGACCCCAGGCCUGAACACACACACACAGCCCAGUCCAGCCUCACCACAAGUGUUUUGCCAAUGAAGAUGAACUGGACAGCUGCAACUUGCUGGGCUCUGCUACUGGCUGCAGCUUUCCUCUGCGACAGCGGUGCAGCCAAAGGUGGCCGUGGAGGAGCCCGGGGCAGCGCUCGCGGAGGCCUGCGCGGUGGAGCACGUGGGGCCUCAAGGGUGCGUGUGAGGCCUGCGCCCCGCUACAGCGGAGCCGGCUCAACUCUGCGCGUGGCAGCAGCAGGGGCUGCAGCAGGGGCUGCAGCAGGGGCAGCAGCAGGGGCAGCUGCCGGCUUGGCUGGGGGCCCAGGCUGGAGAAGGGCCACAGGGCCAAAGGAGGGUGGCCGGGAGGACGAGGAGGACUGGGCACCCGGCGGCAACGGGACAGGCAGGGGUGUGUACAGCUACUGGACCUGGACUUCUGGUGCAGAGUCCACCCACCACCUGUGCCUCUGCCUGCUGCUGGGUGGUGCCCUUGGAGCCCUGGGCACCCUGGGGCUGCUCCAGCCCUAGGCACAGCUGGGCUUGGGAUCCAUAUCAUGGCCCCCAGCCCAGCCUUCUCCAUAGGCCCCUCAGGCUGUCCCAGAGGCCAACAGCAUUUGAACACUUCUUCCCUCCACUGCCCACAGUCCUCAGGCCCUGGAGGACCCCACCCUCCACCUAAGACUGUCCCAGCCUCCCCAUCUCCCCACCCUACCAUGGAAUCAGCAGCACCCCCAGCUCCAGGAUUUCAGGGUCCCCUGUGGCUCCUGCUCAGGCCUGCAGGCUGGGAGGUGUCCAGACCAGGCUUUCAGGCCACUCCUGUUCUCUGGCCUUCCCUGGACAGAAGAGUGUAGACAGUGUUGACCAACCAGGCAGAGGCCACCUUCAGAAAGGUUCCACUCUGCCACUGAAGCCCUGAGGAUCGAGGACCAAGGGCUUCCCACCAGAGCUGGAAUGGACUUCCCACAGGAGCAGAAUAUCAGCGAGUGAGGAGCAUUCAACUAGGCUGCAGUGAGAAACGUCAGGUGCUAACCACUUGCCUAGGGCAGGUCCUGAAGAUUUCACAGCACAGUAAUGUUUUGGGGAGGAAAGCCAUCCAUCCCAGAAGAUGCCCACUGUGGUUCUCAGAGCUCCCAGCAGAACAUGCCCUGGGAGGCCACGGCAGCAUCCCUCUCUGCCUGGCAGACUUCCCACAAACCCCUCUGCCAGGUGAUGGUCUCCACCUUAGAGCCAGUGGGCCCUAAGGAUCAUUUAACUCAUCUUGAGACUCAUUCUGGGGAAAAACCCACAUUCAAGGGAAUUCCAUUUUCUUGUAAUUUAAGUUCACAUCCAGUGAUCACUCCGGGGACAGCAGCUGCCAAUCCCACUACAGAGUCCCCCUGUGCUGUAAGUGGUCCCUACACUUCUGGUGAGCAGCAGCACCUCCAACUGGGCAGUCCCUCCCUCAGAGCAGAUGGACCAGGUGGAGGCAGAGGGUCCUCAGUAAGGUUGUGGCACAGUGGCCGAGGACAGACAGGAGAGACCAUGGUUCAUCAGACCCAGGGCCACCUGCAGGUCUUUGGAGGAAGGCUGACCAAAGCAGUGGGGCCAAGGCUCCAGCAGGUAUAGUCAGACAAGAGCAAGCCUGGGCUCAGGACAGAAAGUUGAGCUCCUUACUCCACCAAGGGCUAUCUAAACAUGGACAUCUUGAGGGCAGGGGUACCCAGAACAGCCUCAAGAUGCUGGCAGUCCUUACAAGGAUGGCCUCCAACUCCCAAACACCUCAUGCACAGACUGGCCCCUUGUGUCUCCAGGGCCCACCAGCACAGUGCCAUGAGCCCAGUUCUGGGGUUCCCAGCUCUGCCAAGAUGUCUAUCUCUAAGCACCUGAGGCCAGCUCCGAGGUGCUCUUGUGAGACCCUCACCCACAGACAAUCUCUUUCCAGGACUUGCCCUCACCCUCGGGACCAAAAAGCCUUUGGGCUUAGCCAGAACAAUGCUGAGACCAGCAUCUCUCCAUCCAGCACAAGGCUCUGGUUUGGGGAUAGGUUUUAAGGCUACUGUCAAGACCUGGGCCAAGUAGUCACAGGACACUACUCCUUGCAUCCUGUCAUCCACACUGCCAUUGCUCAGGGCACGGCCAGCCCCGAUGCUCCUCCAUACCUUCCAGACCAAGCUGGAUGCCACCUAAGACCAGCAAGCCAAGUCCAAGCCCGCCGAUCUCUCAAAAGCAGACGAGAUCCCUCCAUCAUCCAGUUUGGUACAAGGAGACCCACCAAAGCCCUCUUGGCUUCUCAGAUGCCUCCCUGACAGGCUGCACUGGACCAGACCCUGGCACACCAUAGCGCAUGAGUGUCAAAAGGUUCCAGAGGCAACGAAAACAUUUUUCAAUGCUUGCUUCACACCAGCCUCACCUCAAGUGUGUUUAGCUUUUCGCACAGCCAAGGGCCCUUGAAUACCUCCUCAGCAAGACACAGACAAUGCUAAGAAGGCACCCUCAGAAUGGGUCAAUCAUGUGGCAAUUGCAGUGGGAGGCACCACUGGAAGACCAGCCCCUGGGAGCAGCUGCCCACAGCAUGGAGAGAGUCGGCUGAGCAUCAGAGACUGGCAGAUGCUCGGGCAGCUGUGGGAAAGCUAGGCACCACCAGACAAUGAGGUCAGAGCUACUCACCAGGUCCAGGCUCGCCAGCACCUCCCGUCUGCGCUAACCCAACCACCCUGCCUUCUAGAAUGCAGGCUGCUGACAGCAACAUUCCCUACACAACACUGGGAUGGGUCCUCGGCACCUCCUCUGGGCCCCCCUGAAGAAGAGGGCCACUGUCCCCUUGGCUAGGAGUUGGCCAUCCAUGACUCUCUGGCCUGUUGUACAGCUGAGCCAUGGGCCUGUGGCCUCCUGAAAGCGGAGCACUGAGGGGGAGGAAAUCCUUGGGUUCCACUACUCCGAACCUCCAUCCAUGUUUAUGUAUUCAUUUAAUAUCAAAGUUAACCAAAAUAAACCCCUGCACUGGGAA